UAUAUCUUGGGUUCUUCAGAUCUGAAGGUCUGGUUUGGCAGAAAGCCACGAUGAACAAGCAGAGGGUAGUUCAUGUGUCCACCAAGCAGCCGAGCUACGCGGUUUGUGUGCUGGGGACGGAGAUUUCCUUAGACAUCAAGAGCUCCAGGCCCAGGGGGGCCACGUCUUUUGAAGCCCGUGGCACAGGCGGGCUCCAGGUCUACAUGACCUAUGACCCCAAACACCUUCCCAAGCCUGAAGGUUCGAAGAGGUGGCCUCUUGACGCAGACACCGAGGUCAUCGUGUCUCUGAAGGCGGUUAGCAGUGCGGUCAACGACAACAAGAUCAGAGUGUCCUAUUACGAUCGAACCGGGAGCACGCCGAUUGCCGAAGCUUGGGUGUACAUCACAUGUGUAGCCCUUUCCCUGGAUGCCGAUACUGGUCGAACCGGAACUGUCCAGAACUACGCCACCAACAAGACCAAAUGGACCUGGGGCCCAGACGGAGAAGGUGCGGUAUUGCUGGUGAACUGUGACCGAGAUGGUCCAAGCUAUGGAAACAUGGAUCACACCUAUCCUUAUGUGCGAUCCCAGGCAGAUCUUCAGGACUUGUCCCUUAUGAUUCUCAAUAUCAACAGCCCCGCAGGGAUCUUUGACAACCACAAACUGAUCCUUCACAUCUCCAUGUUUGAUGCUGCAAAAGUGAGAGUUUUCCACGCGGCUGAAAACACUUCCGUCUCCCACUACGAGAACAUAUUGGGGUCAGACAAGCUGUCCUACACAGUGCAACCUACAGAUGGAAGAGGACAGCAUACGUUUUACGUGGAGGGCCUCGCAUUCCCAGACGGAGACUUCAAUGGCCUCGUGUCCUUAAACGCCACUUUGCUGGAGCAGACUAGCUCGACCUCACCAGCCACUCCUGUUUUCACGGAUACAGUGAUUUUCCAUGUGGCUCCUUGGCUCAUGACCCCCAACACCCAAAGGCCCCUGGAGAUCUUCGUCUGCAGCAUCGAGAAGGGUAUAAACGCCAACGGAAAAUUCCUGGAGGCGAUAAAACUUCUAGCAAGGAAAGCCAACUGCAAAUUAACCAUUUGCCCAGAAGUUGAAAACCGGGGAGACCGCUGGAUUCAGGAUGAGAUGGAGUUUGGUUAUGUAGAAGCUCCUCAUCAAUCCUUCCCCGUUGUCUUCGAUUCUCCCAGGAAUCGGGGCCUGAAGGAAUUUCCUUUCAAGAAGAUUUUGGGCCCUGAUUUUGGGUACGUCACUCGGGAACCCAAAAACGGGAGAGUGUCCAGUCUGGAUUCUUUUGGUAACCUGGACGUCAGCCCACCUGUCUCGGUCAAGGGAAAAAACUACUCCUUGGGGAGGAUCCUCAUAGGCAGCAGCUUUCCUGGAUCCGGCAACAGGAAAAUGACAAAAGUUGUCCGAGAUUUUCUUUACGCUCAGAAAGUUCAAGCUCCUGUAGAGCUUUAUUCAGACUGGCUGACGGUGGGUCAUGUGGAUGAAUUCUUGAGCUUCGUUCCGGCUCCAGGCAAGAAGGGUUUCCGGCUUCUUCUGGCCAGUCCCCUCGCUUGCUUGAAGCUGUUUGAAGAGAAGCAAAAAGAAGGUUAUGGGAAGGCUGCCCUGUUUGAAGGUCUAAGGAGAGUGGGGAAAAUUACGGUCGAUGAGAUCCUGACGGACAGAAAUGUGCGCCAAGACAGCAAAUAUGUUCAGAGUUGUAUUGACUGGAACCGGAGUAUUUUAAAGCGAGAACUCGGACUGACCGAACGAGACAUCAUUGAUAUCCCCCAGCUCUUCACUCUCGAAGGCUCCACCGCGACAGCCCUGUUUCCAGACAUGGUAAAUAUGCUCGUCUUAGGGGAACACCUGGGCAUUCCCAAGCCAUAUGGACCCAUCAUCCACGGCCAGUGUUGUUUGGAAGUGAAAGUCCGCUCCCUCCUGGAGCCACUGGGCCUCUCCUGCACAUUCAUUGAUGACUUUUUCUCCUACCACGUCUUGUCGGGGGAAGUCCAUUGUGGCACCAACGUUCAGCGGGAACCUUUUUCCUUUCAUUGGUGGAAUAUUCUUCCAUGAAAAAACUGCCCAUAAAUUAUCUCAGGCUUUGUUUUCUCAACACCUUUGUCUCUGAGGUUGAAGAGAUGCAGCAGCGUGGAAAAUUGUUGGAAGGAGAAGGAGAACCUUUCCCAGAGAUAAUUUCUCAGCAUCUUCCCGAAAUUUGUUUCAAUUUGGGUCUCUUGAAAACACACAAGGCAGUAACGACUAACCAUGCAAGACAGCAGGUUAGAUAAAAUUGUCUGGCUUUCUGGAAAAAUGCUGUUUCUGGAGAAGCCAGCAAGAGGAGAAGAAACUACCUGGAAAAGCCAAAUAUAUUUACAUUUUCAGUGGGAAUUAUUCAAAAGCCAUCACCAGGAGCUGCUAGAUAAAACUACAAGGAGGAACUGCUCUCUCUCUUCUCUGUAAGGAGCAAGAAAUAUUUAUACAUUAUAUGAAGGCUGAUCCAAAUUCAUUUCCCAAAGUUUAUUUGAAGUAGGAAAGAGGCAUUUGAAAAUCUUGCAAGUGUUUGUGGUUUCAAGUUGCUAACUUCGGGUUCCAAACAGAUGCAAAUCCAGCCCAAAGUCUGAUUACUUAGCACAAUUUGCAUGUGGGAAUGGAAUGGUUCCCUGUCGACUACUAGCAUAGAUAGAUUUAGAGGUUAGGAGUAGA